CCGCACGGACACAUUUGUCGUGCAGACGGUUUCGUCGAUAGUGGGGAGUGGAAAUAUGGGUGUCCAAGCUUCCGCGAGAUCACACAGUGAAAGUGUAGGGAUCUCGCUAUAAAUCCUGAGGAAAAACCUACCCUCCGAUAAUAACGGUGUGUGCGUCCACUAACUCCCGGCAUUGUCAUGAGAUUGCUCUGCACCGCUAUUUUGUGGAGCAUCCUGGCGGCGAGCGUGGCGCAGUACCUUGCCGUCCCCUGGGACCACGCGCGCCCGGUGCGAGUAAGCGAUCAGGGACACGGGAUCUUCAGGGCGGCCCCUCGGCUGCCCCGAACGGCCGAACCCCAGGCUCGCGUCCGACAACUUCCCGGCCCCAGGUUUGACCCCGGCCGCCCUGAACGACAAGCCCACGGCCACGCCAAGGACGAGUACGUCGAGUUCGGCGCCCACACGGGGCACAACGGCGCCUUCGGAUGGUAUGCAGAUUUCCCGGCCUACAGACAGAGCUAAAACAUCUCGCUCAAGAUGAUGAGUGGGUUGCAGCAGUGCAAUACUAAGGAGCGCGAACCCAACCAAAGUAGCACAGUGCGACGAAAAUAUCGAAAUUAAAUUGCAAUUCGAUUUUAAUAAAUUGUAAUGUCUUGAAAGCCCUGCAUAGACGAUCGAAUUCCCGAAUCAAUUCCGAUCAAAAUAGCAUCAAAGUGUCGGGAGUCAUCAGUCUCAAACUCAUUAAUUU